AUGUUGGCUCUUCGCGACCAGGAGAACCUGGUAAACACUCACCAGACCGCCGCGGCAGCUAAGCCUUUGAACCAAAGCAAGCACCUAGCACCCAAGACACCCGGCAAGCAGCGAAAUGACGAGAACAACCCGUUGGCAUUCGGAAAUCGCACCGUGAAGGGCAAUAAGAAUCGCCAAGAGAAUGGAAAACUGGCCAACGCGUUUAUGACUCCGAUGGUGAAGGAUCGUGCUCCACUGGGCAUGAAAACAACCAAUCUCAAAGCCAACAACCUCCAGACGCCUGCACCCUUCGGAGGAACCACCAAGCAACCGAAGACAAACCGCAGACAGUCGACUGCCCAGAAGAUCAGAAAAGCUGCUCCAGCGGCACAACAAGCUCAAGCCAAAGUCCACAUUGACGCUGUUGUGGAUGAUGUACCGGAUAUUGAAUACAUGCCGCCCAAGCCUAGAGAUCUUCCGGACCUUCCAGACGACGUGACAUACGACACCACAUUCCCACAAUUCCGACCAAAGAAUCGAGCUCUGGGUUUGGAGAGUGUUUACGGAAAGCAAGAAGUUGGCAGGGAUGGACUCACAGCGAAACAGCGCAAAUUCAAGGAGGAUUCAGCGGCUUGCGACAGGAUGGUGGAUGAUAUGAUCAUGAAACAACUCGAGGACAUUGGUUUUGAGAGCUCUGGCGAGAGCGAGUCCGCAAAGGCACUUCAGCCAAAUGCCAUCCCCCCAAAGAGACCUACAACCACCAGACGACAAACUCGCAGUGUGUCUACGCUUCGAGCUCGUGAUGCCGCCGCGGCGCUUGCUGGAUCCCAACCGAAUGCUGCACCUCGGGUGGCUCUUACCCCCAAAACUCGGGUGGCGUCGUUGGCAUCGUCACUGGUUAUGCCUAAGAAAAGCGCCAGGGUCCCAUCUAACCCUUCUUCCAUGCGCAAUACUGCUGCUUCUGUCAACUCUCGCACGACCGUUGGGUAUUCCAAGGGACGCAGUGUAUCGUCUACCCUGAGGGAUAAACAUUCCCAAACACAGAGGGCCCCGAGCUCCCAGGUCCUGUCUCCCGAAAUCUAUAUGCAGCUGUAUGGACCCCCUCCACUGGAUUCGGAAAUGUGGAUUCGUUGCAAAGCUGCUGGAUGCUUUGACGCCCCAGACGAGAUCACCCAGGAACCGGAAGAACCACUGCCUACGUUUGAGGAAGAUGAUGAGGCCCGGAGCUUCCAGCUCAGUUUGUAG